UUUCAGUCCAUGUGCUCGACGAUGGAAACGACGCGAACGCUCGAGGAGCUCAUGCCAGAGCUCGGGACUGCGUUCGCGGCGCAGGAGGCAUCUCUCUACCGCUGCGUCUCGGCCAUGUCGACUUCAAUCGCUCGCGCCGAGGACGAGGCGCGACAAAAGGUGAGCGCGAACGAGAUCCAAGCACUGCGUCUCAAGGUCCGCGACACAAUGGACUACGUAAACGAGGCCAAGAAGACGAUGCACAGCCUCGAGCGGUCCAUGGAAACUCUCUCGGCCGAGAUCGAGAGCCUCAAGCGCGAAAACGUCGAGAAGGAUCGGGCGAUUGUAGCGCUGCAAGACGACCUCGAGGACGCGCGGAGUUCGCACGAUGACCAGCUUACGGAGCUCGACAAAAGUUUGAGUUCAUUUUUAAGGUCAAGAUGGAGCAGAAAGACGUCAUCAAGCGCCUCGAGAGGCAAGAGAGGGCGUCUGUCGACAUGCGCUACGGCAUUACGAUGCUCUCUAAAUCCAUCAACGAUGAAGGCCUGGAUGAUGACGGAGGCAUCACGCCCGUCUCGCUCGACUCGAAGCUCGAUGUCAUUGCGUCUAUGCUUAGCAAGCCGCAGCGUGGGACCCUCUCCGGCGACUCACUGCCGCGCAUUGCGUUGCCAGCUCACGUUGAGUCUAUUUUGCGUACGGACCGUAGCAGCAUCCGCAGCAACAACGACAUCUCUCGACCGUCCAGCGCUGCCGAGAACGCGCUACGAGCACCCCUUGGUGGGGAUAUGUCAACGCGGGCAUCAACACCAGAAACCAACCGUUCUGCUGCAUCGAGGCUUCGCGCAGGUACUGUUUCGGGGCGCGAAGCAGCUGCCCACAACGUCGUUUCGGUUGGCAAAGAGACUGUGCCACCGACUGAGCCCUCCGCGACGGAUGUCACAGUCUCAAGUACAUCGCCCACCGCAAAGGCUGAGUCAUCGUUGGUGCUUUCAACAAACGAGGAAACCCCGCAGCUCCCAACAACCGUGCCGAUGGCACCAACGGCCCCAGCAACAAAUGCCGAUACAGUCGUUGUCGAAGAUGAAGUCGAGAGCAUCUCAACACUCGGCAACGAACCAGCGUCUACACCCGAGUCCAGUCCGACACCCAGUCCAAACGCAAUUCAUCAGCAAGGCAAUCCGUCGACUGAGGCUUUGAAAGAGAGUUCUGAAUCGCUACCGGCGGUGUCUUCUCUCGAGCCCGAUGCUAGUGGAUCACCACCGCUCGAGUUUGUCCGCCCUCCGCUGCGACGACGAUUGAGUAUGAGUGAACGACUCUCCCAUGGCAACCUCAUCCAGAGCAUGAUCCGCGAAGAUGCAGUACCAAGGGACCUGGGGACGGUUGAAACCGCGCCUUCACGAAGCGACUAUGAGAGCGCAUCAGAGACGGCGGAUGCUGACGGUACCUCAGAAGACCCCAAGAGCCCCGCGUACUACCGAGUGCUUUGGCGCUGGGCUAUUUGCCACGUCGUCGCCAUUAUGCGUAUCCACGGUUCGGCGGGUGCCAACAAGA